AUUUACACUUCAUUCAAAACUCAGCGAAGCGUUCGAGUGCUGCCUUGCACGUAAAUGACUCGGGAUCGCUCUCGCUUGAAGUUUACUUGGAUGUCAUUUAACCUUUAAGGGAAAAAGUUCUUAAAUAACUUCUUCACUUGAAUAAAAAUUAGGAAUAUCUUGUAGUUCCAAGUUGCUGUGCUUGAGAAAUCAACCAACUAAUCUUCGAUCAGAAUGGCUGGUGACUUUUAUCAAAUACUCACUGGAGAUAUAACAAACUUGCCGAGCAAAGAAUCCAAUAUCGUUCGAAUAUUCACUAGCUCUACAUUUACUGAUACAUUUGAGGAAAGAAAUCUGCUUAUGCGAGAUGUAUACCCGAGCCUGCGAAAAUACUGUCAGCAGCACAGUCUGGAGUUCCAAGUAGUUGACAUGCGCUGGGGUGUUAGAGAUGAGGCAACCGCUGACCACAAAACAAGCGAUCUAUGUAUUCAAGAGAUUAAGAACUGCCAGAGGCUCACCCAAGGCCCCAACUACGUGUGUUUUCUGGGUAACAAGUACGGCUACCGGCCCGUUCCGUACAAGAUCAAUGCUGAGGAAUUCGAGUCACUAGUAGAUAUUGCGCGAGAAGUUGAAAACGUGAAGAAAGAAGAGGUGGAUUUGCUUCUAGAAUGGUUUCUCAAGGACGAGAAUGCGCUUCCAGCGGAGUACGUGCUUCAGCCAGUCACCGCAAAAUUGCCGUAUUACAACGACAUGCGCGAGGAGGUGCACGACAAAUAUUCACAACAGAGGGAGGAGUGGUGGAAGAUCUCUGUGAUCUUCCAGAGGGUUCUGCGGAUCAGUGCGCACGUGGCCGGAAGGCGCGGCAAGCUAACGGAGGAGCAGGUCCAUAAGUACUACAAGUCAGUUACUGAGCACGAGAUCGAACAUGGGAUUUUGAACUGCGCAGAUCCCGAGGCGCAAACGCUCUGCUACAUCCGGGAGAUCGAGGAUAUCAACUUGAACAUAAAGGACGAGAAGAUACCGCUGUACACCGACAUCGCGGACGGCGGUCAUGAUGCUGAGGCUCAGGAGCACUUGUUUCGCCUCAAACGCCAGCGGGUUCUCGAUAAACUCAAGGCAGAGAACGUGGUGCAGUAUAGUGUGCCAUGGAACUCGCGUGGCAUCAACGCAUCCGACCGGCGGCACCAUGAAUAUCUGGAAAACUUCUGUAACAGGUUCGAGAGUGAUUUGACACGGUUGAUCGACCGAAGCUUGGAAGUGACGAUGAAGAGCAAGUCCCACGAAAACCCUCUGUACAGAGAAGUGCUGCAUCACGCCUGGUUCUGCCGGGAUAAGUGCAGUGCAUUCAGAGGACGUCAGGAGAUCCUAUCGCGUGCCAGGGACUACCUCUGUUGCCACGAUAGCGCUCGGCCGUUAGUAGUCUAUGGCGCCUCUGGGUCGGGAAAGACAUCCAUUAUGGCAGUCAUCGCAUUUCGUGUGAAGGAGUGGCUUGGGGAUAAUGCGGUCUGCAUAUUUCGCUUCCUCGGGACGUCUCCGGGCACUUCUAAUACUCUUCUCACGAUCAAAAGUGUCUGUGAACAGAUUCACCAAGUGUUUGGGCUAGAGUCGUUGAAGGAGGAUGUCGCCGAGGAUUAUACGGAACUUGUCCGACACUUUCACGAGUUACUAUCGACUUUAUCAGUAUCUGCUGAACGUCCACUUGUCCUCGUGCUUGACUCAGUGGACCAGUUGUCGCCGAGCUAUAACGCGCACCUCAUGAAUUGGCUGCCAAAGAGUCUAUCGGAUCAUAUCAAGAUCGUUAUAUCGGUUUUACCUGGAUAUUACGAAAUUUUACCAACUCUACAGCGAAGCUUGACCGACACAAACUGUUACAUAGAGGUCCCGACCCUCUCCAGAGAUACUGGGCACGAAAUUCUAGACGCAUGGCUCGAUAGUAAACACCGCACACUAACUCCCGAGCAACGUGUGCUCGUAAUGGCCGCAUUCGACAAAUGCCCUCAACCUCUGUUUUUAAAACUUAUCUUCGCCGAGGCGUCAGAAUGGGCUUCCUAUACGGAUGUCAGCGGUGUUUCGCUAGGCGCAAACGUGCCUGAGGCUAUUGGGUUCCUGUUCGAGCGGUUGGAACGCAAACACGGCAAGAUGCUAUUUUCCCGCGCUUUGCAGUACGUAACGGCAGCCCGUAGCGGACUUACCGAGAACGAACUUGAAGACAUUCUCUCCUUAGACGAUGACGUCAUCGAUGACGUGUACCAGUACUGGGACCCUCCCGUAGAGGGGGUAGUUCGCUUACCUAACCUACUGUGGGCUCGUGUGAGGAGUGAUAUUGACGAGUUCCUAGUGGAGAGGCAGGCUGACGGGAAAACUGUGGUUGCGUGGUACCACAGGCAGUUUUGGGAGGCCUGUGAAAGAAUGUACUUGAAGGAUGGGGUGAAGGUGGAUGCGCAUGCGCUGAUGGCUGAGUUCUUUCUCGGGACGUGGGGUGGAGGGCGCAAGAAGCACAUCGUCUUGACCCGACGACAAAAAGCUCUUCCUGAUGCGGACAGACAGGUGUCCGCCCAGCCAUUGAUGUUUUCAAAGGAGAUUUUUAAUCUGCGCAAGGUGAGUGAGUUACCCUAUCAUCUCGUUCACUCGAAGCAGUUUAACGCGCUCAGUCAAGAAGUGCUCUUCAACUUUGAAUGGAUCAUGGCAAAGGUCAAGGCACAGUCCCUUAAUUCCGUGCUUGCGGAUUACGAUACUGCGUUGCAAGCUAAACCAGACCUAGAUAUCAGGCUCGUCCAAGACACGCUGAUUUUAUCAAGCAGUAACAUCAAGCACGACCUUAACAGCCUGGCGCCACAGCUCAUUGGCCGUCUUUUGGCAUUCAAGGGGAAGUUCCCGCGCAUUGCAAGCCUACUGGAACAGGCUUACCGGUGGAUAUAUGCUCGCAACAUCCCUGUUAUUGCACCCAUGAACGCUUGCUUGAUUUCUCCCGGGGGCCCUCUAAUCACGAAUCUCCAUGGUCACACCCAGCGUCUGGAUUGCGUGACUGUCACGCGUGACGACAAGUUUAUUGUCACGUCAGGCGGCGACUCUCUCAUCAACAUCUGGAACACAGAGAACCACGACUGUAUACACACGCUCAAAAUUGGCGGGAAAGGUCAGUCACACCUAGUGCUCACAAACGAUGACCGGUUUGUCGUGGCCGCUGCUGAUUCCAGCUUUGGGGCCUGGGACAUAGAUACGGGCGAAAAGGUUGUAAGCUUUGAAAGCCACGUGAAAAUCACGUGCCUUGCCGUGACGUCAAAAGGAGAUCGCGUUGUGACAGGCUGCGCAGAUCACGUGGCUCGUUCUUGGAAUGCGAAGAGCGGGAAAAUGCUGUUGGAAUUCAGAGGACAUGAAGGUGCUAUCAAUGCAAUACUCGUAACAGCCAAAGACUGGGUGAUUUCAGGAUCGGACGACUCUACCGUGAGAGCGUGGGACUUGGAGAAUGGGGAGUCCUGCGCUGUAUUCCAGGGCCAUUCGAAACCUGUCCUGUGUCUGCAGAUCAUUAAUGAUGGACAAGCUAUUGUUUCGGGCUCCGAGGACAAGGUGCUGAGGGUCUGGGACCUAGUGUCACGUGACUGUGUCUCGCUAAAGGGACACGGAGGUUUAAUCAAAUGCCUAGCUGCAAUGCAUGAUGGAAAGCGUGUAGUAUCCGGUGCAAAGGACAAUAACAUAAAAGUCUGGGACCUCGUCAGACUUGAGUGUCAAGCCACCUUAAAAGGACAUACGAGCCUUAUUUGGGCAAUUGCAGUGUCACGUGACGACAGCGUGAUCGUGUCGGCAUCCAAAGACGAUUUGUUGAAGGUGUGGCGCACAGAGUCAUGGGUAUGCACCCAAACGCUGAUUGGUCACUCCUCGUGGAUCUCCUGCGUUGCCAUGACGACAGACGGGAAGACCAUCAUCUCUGGGUCGAAUGACAAGAAUGUGAAGAUGUGGUACACGCAUGGCAAUGCGCAUGCGCAGGCCAUCGGUGUUCCUAGUGACCAUAUCAUGCACCACCUUGAUCAGCCCCGGUGCGUGAUGGUGGAUUUCGGACGGAAGGGCGUGUCAGGUGCUAAUGAGGACAACCUUAAGAUUUGGGACAUGCGCACUCAAGAGUGCAUAAUCACCAAACCAGCCUCGGUGUCUUGCGUGACACGAGUAGCAACCUCGCCAAAGGUGGUAACGGGCUCGUCCGAUGGUGAAAUGAAACUAUGGGAUUGCGUGACAGGCGAAUGUGUGACCAUUGCACGUCACGACGGUGCCGUGACAUGCGCACAGGUCACGCAAGAUGGGACUCAGGUUGUAUCAGGAUCUGCUGAUGGCACUGUCAGGCUGCAUUCGGUGUUGCGUGACCGUGACGGUAUGGUGUUACGCGGUCAUGAUAAGGGUGUUACCGCUCUUCUCAUCAUGAACGACUGUCGCCAUCUUGUUUCAGGCUCAAAGGACUCCACUAUCCGGUUAUGGGACUUGACUAAAGGGGAGUGCAAACAAGUAAUGCAGGGGCACACAAAUGAGGUGCUAUGCCUGUCUGUAACCUCCAACGACAAGACCAUCGUAUCCGGAUCCAACGACUUUACCACUAGGGUGUGGAACGUGGCAACGGGCAAGUGUAUGUCCACCGUCAAGUUCCAGGACUCUGUCAUGUGCGUCGCCAUCACUAACGACGACUGCUGUUUCAUCGUAGGCUCACAUACAAAUCAACAGCAAUUGCGCAUGUUUGAUAUCUCAUCCGGGAAGUUGGUCAAGGACUUAAAUGCUCACACGCAUGCGGUCAUGAGAAUUGAGUUACUGCGGGCGCACAAAAUGCUAGUGUCGAGCUCACGUGAUGGGACCGUCAAGGUUUGGGAUGUAGCUAAUGCGCAUGUCAUAGACUCUUUCGACUUUCAGUCACAAGUGAGAAACUUCGACGUGAUGCCGCAUGAGGAUGGCUAUGUUUUGUUGGUGAUGACUAAGUCUGGCACGGUAGCCAUUCUGAAGCUACUGGUUCCAAAAAAGGAGGAAAGACAGGCUGUUGUGUCUGGACUAGCGAAAGAGGAGGAAAGCACGCCAACGGAGGACGAAAGAAAAGUCUUUAAGCAGCUGGAAAAUGAAAAUAAACGGGAAGGUGAAAUUCAGUUCGAAAGAAAACACGGUUGCUGCACUACUUGUUGCAUGUUGUAAUAAGCAAUCAGCAAUGACAUUACUUCAAGCGAUAUUUACUAAAUGAUAAUGAUACUUUAACUAUUUGCAAUUUUCUUUUAUAAGAAAUUGGAAAGGGGGGACACAGAGUAGUUACAAGUUUUUUUUGUUGUCUUUCAUAUUAUUAUAACCAUUAUUAUAAUAUUUGUGAGUGUUUCUACUAUCUGUAAUAUAUAUUCUUUAUUAUUUUAAAUUUUGAUAUUUUACUCGAUGCAAAUCGCACAAUUAUUCAGUGUUUUAGACUAUUUAUCGAUCUAAACUAUCUAUCUCUUGUAGAAAAGAUACUAAAUGGAGAGAAAAGAGUCAGUAAGACUUUAAUCAAUCAGAGAAUCAGCAAUACAACCAACGUUUGUUCGCUCUACGUAACUGCAACUCUGAUAAGAAAAUUUUGCUUAGAAAUCAUAGGGUGACACAUACAUGAGGGUAUGAUGUCAUAGGGCGAUGGUAUGAUGUCAUAGGGUGAGGGUAUGAUGUCAUAGGGUGAGGGUAUGAUGUCAUAGGGUGAUGGUAUGAUGUCAUAGGGUGAUGGUAUGAUGUCAUAGGGAGAGGAUAUGAUGUCAUAGGGUGAUGGUAUGAUGUCAUAGGGUGAGGGUAUGAUGUCAUAGGUUGAGGGUAUGAUGCCAUAGGGUGAGGGUAUGAUGUCAUAGGGUGAGGGUAUGAUGUCAUAGGGUGAGGGUAUGAUGUCAUAGGGUGAGGGUAUGAUGUCAUAGGGUGAGGGUAUUAUGUCAGGUUGAGGGUAUGAUGUCAUAGGGUGAGGGUAUGAUGUCAUAUGGUGAGGGUAUGAUGUCAUAGGGUGACGGUAUGAUGUCAUAUGGUGAGGGUAUGAUGUCAUAAGGUGAGGGUAUGAUGUCAUAGGGUGAGGGUAUGAUGUCAGGUUGAGGGUAUGAUGUCAUAGGUUGAGGGUAUGAUGUCAUAGGUUGAGGGUAUGAUGUCAUAGGGUGAGGGUAUGAUGUCAUAGGGUGAGGGUAUGAUGUCAUAGGGUGAGGGUAUGAUGUCAUAGGGUGAGGGUAUGAUGUCAUAGGGUGAGGGUAUGAUGUCAUAGGGUGAGGGUAUGAUGUCAUAGGGUGAGGGUAUGAUGUUAUAGGGUGAGGGUAUGAUGUCAUAGGGUGAGGGUAUGAUGUCAUAGGGUGAGGGUAUGAUGUCAGGUUGAGGGUAUGAUGUCAUAGGGUGAGGGUAUGAUGUCAUAGGUUGAGGGUAUGAUGUUAUAGGGUGAGGGUAUGAUGUCAUAGGGUGAGGGUAUGAUGUCAUAGGGUGAGGGUAUGAUGUCAUAGGGUGAGGGUAUGAUGUCAUAGGGUGAGGGUAUGAUGUCAUAGGGUGAGGGUAUGAUGUCAUAGGGUGAGGGUAUUAUGUCAGGUUGAGGGUAUGAUGUCAUAGGGUGAGGGUAUGAUGUCAUAUGGUGAGGGUAUGAUGUCAUAGGGUGAUGGUAUGAUGUCAUAUGGUGAGGGUAUGAUGUCAUAAGGUGAGGGUAUGAUGUCAUAGGGUGAGGGUAUGAUGUCAGGUUGAGGGUAUGAUGUCAUAGGUUGAGGGUAUGAUGUCAUAGGUUGAGGGUAUGAUGUCAUAGGGUGAGGGUAUGAUGUCAUAGGGUGAGGGUAUGAUGUCAUAGGUUGAGGGUAUGAUGUCAUAGGGUGAGGGUAUGAUGUCAUAGGGUGAGGGUAUGAUGUCAUAGGGUGAGGGUAUGAUGUUAUAGGGUGAGGGUAUGAUGUCAUAGGGUGAGGGUAUGAUGUCAUAGGGUGAGGGUAUGAUGUCAGGUUGAGGGUAUGAUGUCAUAGGGUGAGGGUAUGAUGUCAUAGGUUGAGGGUAUGAUGUUAUAGGGUGAGGGUAUGAUGUCAUAGGGUGAGGGUAUGAUGUCAUAGGGUGAGGGUAUGAUGUCAUAGGGCGAGGGUAUGAUGUCAUAGGGUGAGGGUAUGAUGUCAUAGGGUGAGGGUAUGAUGUCAUAGGGUGAGGGUAUGAUGUCAUCUAAUAGUCCAGUCAAUACACGGAAAUUUAAAGCCGAACUUAAAAGUAAUUGCAACGCAAACAAUUUCAUGGUUAAAUGAUAGUAAACUUAGACAUCCUAAAACAACAUACCGAAAGUUCCCCAAAGUUAGGGUUAACAUCUCGAAAUUUGACAAUAAACAAUUUCUUUUGUCGCCCAUCUUUGAUUUUUUUGUUAUAUUCAUGAGCGCACUUGCAGAGCGAUAUCGUCGAGUGUUCGUUUGCGGAGGGCUAGUGCGCCAUGGAUAACAAUAGAGUACAAGAUUCCGUCAAAAGAAAUCGUUUAUUGUUGAAUUUCGAGAUGUUCGAGCUAGAGAACUUUGGAGAACGUCUGGGAAGUUAUUAAGGACAUGCUUCUCUUAAAAGACCGAAAUCAUUUGUUUAGCAAUUACUUUUAGCAGCGGUGUAGCCAGGUUUUUUUUUUAACAGGAGGGGGCCCAAAAAGGACUUUCCAGGCAUUUUCUCCUGUAUUUUAGAUAAUGUCUCAUACAUUUAAUGUGAUUUUUGGCUACUAAAAGGGGGGCCCGGGCCCACUAGGCCACCCCCUGGCCACCCCCCUGGCCACCCCCCUGGCUACGCCCCUGUUUACAUUAAACAUUAGAUUGACCACGGGCAAACCAGACGAAAUGUUCGUGUAUCGAAUAUUAAAACGUUAAAAUAUUUUUUUAUAAAAAA